GGGCCAUCUGGGGCGCUGGAGUUCGGCGAGUGUAUGGGCGACUUGAGGCCGAUCGCGCCAGGUCGCCUGAUUCUGGUGUGGUACGGGGGCGGGGAGGCAUACUGGCACGAGCGCCUGCUGCUCUGUCAGGUGCAGGGAACGACGUGGGUAAUCGCGACGCCUGAUGACGACGUCUACCCAGAAGACAUCAUGGCGUUGGGUGGCAAGCCUUGUGUGCAAGGCUCGGUGCCGCCUGCCAUCCCCGCCAACGCGCUGCUGUACCGCUUCCCGCCCCUCGACCAGCUUCGCACCAACGCGGAGUGGAGGCUGGCGCUGUUCGCGAUCGUGUGGCUGCUCACGGCUGGGUGGCAGGCGCCAGACUGCCUGGGGGCCAGCCAGGCGACGCCGCACCUGCAGCCGCUGGCGCCGUGGUGCCCGCCGCGGCCGGGCUGCCGGCGGCGGCCGCCGCGCCCCCGCUCGCUGGAGGUUGCGGUGCUGUCGGAGGCGGAGGCGGAGGCGCGCUUGCGGCUGGAGCGGCCGCUGGAGCGCCCGCCCCCAUGGCUGGAGCAGCCGCGGCUGGCGCGCAGUGGUUCGCGGUCGCCAGCGAUGGCCAGCCAGCUGGGGUCGGCCACGCUCGUGCUGGAGCUCAUCCCCAUCGGCAGCAAGAUCAGCGUCCUCGAGUCCAGGAGGCGCGAGCUGGAGUUGGCUGUGGCCGCCUUGCCCGCGCCAGGAGGGCUGGCUGCCGCAAUCGCAGGACCGCAGCCCGCCGCUGCGGGGGUGCCAUCUGACGGCCAGGUGCGGACGGCGGACGCCCGAGUGCUGCCUGUGCUGUGUGACCAGAUGGGCCAGCGAUUCCGCCCGUACGCCGACGGAGUUGGGCUGCUGGAGGAGCCGCCCUGGAAGGACUUCCCAAUCCAGGGCCCGAGGGCGACGCUCUGGCUCUGCAAGUUCACUCGACAGAAGUGGAUGCGCGAAGCCCACAUCCCAGACAAUGACAGGGUCAAGCACGAACACGGUGGCCUCAUGGAGAUCCUGGAGUGGGCCCUCACGUAUGACCAGCUGGGCGUUUCGGCAUUGGCUUCAGUCGAAUUACUUUCGAGGAAGGUUCAGCUCUUGGAGGAGGCCUACACCGCCAACCCGAAGGCGCCGCGGUUCGAAGGGGGCGAGCACUUCCAGGGCCUUGGCAAGAAGGUUGCAGCGGCGGCGCCGCAGCUCACCUCGCAUGUUGCUCUUCAGCUCCAGGGCGAGGCUCAUAUCCAGAAGGAACGACGCAAGGCUCGCGAGGAGGCGGCCCUUGCGAGGAAGGGCUAA